CUGGCUUGACCGCAGUACGCCAUAGCAAUACGCCACAGCUGCGUCAUGCCUGCAAGAAUUUAAGUACAAGAAGAUAGCUUGUUUUGAAGAUUCAGCCCUAUGCUGUUGAAUAACAUGACACAGGUUCGAUGUCAACUGUGGGGGAAUUCGCCCAGCAAGGUGGAUCUGUGGACACUCCAGUCCUCUCAAGUGAAAGUGGAGGUCCUUACACUCGGUGCCAUCAUCAGGUCUGUUUGGACCAAGGGGAAAGACGGUGAGAUGGAAGAUGUAGUGUUGGGUUAUGAUGACCUGCAAGGUUAUGUGUCAGACAAGCGGUACUUUGGAGCUGUGGUGGGCCGCGUAGCCAACAGGAUUGCGCAAGGAUGUUUUGUAGCAGAUGGAAAGACAUAUCGAUUAGAUAUCAACAAUGGACCUAAUUCCCUGCAUGGAGGGCUGCAUGGCUUCAAUAAGGCUAUUUGGAUUGCUACAGCAGUGGAAGGUGGUGUGAAAAUGUGUCUUACCAGUCCAGAUGGAGACCAGGGCUACCCUGGAGAGAUGCAGGUCUCUGUUACCUACACCUUGCAGGAGGAAACACUGACUGUAGAGUAUCAAGCCCAGUCGUCCAAAACAACACCAAUCAACCUCACGAACCAUUCCUAUUUCAACCUUGCUGGACAGAAAUGCUGUGCUACCUUCAUGCCAGAUGUAACAAGACACACACCUGCCAAAAACAUCAACUUUCAUCUCGCUGCAGAUAAUGUCUAUGACCAUGAAGUGUCCAUCACUGCUCAUUCCUACUUGCCAGUGGAUGGCACAUCUAUCCCCACAGGAGAAAUCAAAGCAGUGGAUGGCUCGCCCUUUGACCUCAGGCAACCGGUUCUGAUUGGCCCUCAACUAAAGAAAGUUCCAGGUGGAGGAUUUGACCACAACUUUUGUCUGUCAUCACCUGGAGACCCAUGGACUGAAAGAAUUGCAGCUAGGGUUUACCAUUCAGUCAGUGGUCGCAUUUUAGAGGUUUCUACCACCCAACCAGGAGUCCAGUUCUAUACAGCUAACUUCUUGGAUGGCUCAAUAAUGGGUAAAGGUGGAGUUAAAUAUGGGAAACACUGCUCCUUCUGUUUGGAGACUCAGAAUUGGCCUGAUGCUGUCAACUGGGCUUCAUUUCCUGACUGCCUUCUCCAUCCUGGCAAAGAAUAUCAACACCUGACUCGCUUCACAUUCACUUAUGCUGAUUGAUUUGAUUGCUGAUUGGGAGAUCCCGCUGAUGACGACUGUAUUUUAAUUCACAGGAGGCCUGGAACUAUAUUAGUAUAGCUUCUACACAUUCCAUUUAAUUUCCAAAACAUUUGUUUUGUAUUGUUUUUUUUUUUUAUGUGAUUUGCCCUUCACUGACAUGUCCUUUAAAUUUGUAACCCAUUAUUUCGUGUGCAACUCUCUUCAUUGAAUUUUUCGAUCACUCUUCCAGCUUCACGUUCAACAGCUUCAGAAUGAACUUCCGAGAAUAGGAAGUGACAUUUGGAUGAAAGUACUACUGCAGUCAUUGGCCCAGCGACAUGUUGCAAAUAUGUACUGAAGCAAACUAUAGACCCAUCUCAAAUCUUCCUUUCAUAGCCAAGAUUGUUGAGAAAGUUAUUCUUAAUCAACUCAGCAAUUUCUUGAACUUAAAUGGACUUUUUGACAAAUUUCAAUCAGGGUUCCGAACUCAUCACAGUACAGAAUCUGCUCUCAUCAAAGUGCUAAAUGAUAUAAGGUUGACUACUGACUCGGGAAAGUUGUCAAUUCUGGUCUUGUUGGAACUCAGUGCGGCUUUUGAUAUGGUAGAUCAUAAUAUACUGCUGAACAGGUUGGAAACGUGGGUAGGACUAAAUGGAACAGUCCUUAAGUGGCUCAGGUCCUACCUGGAGGAAAGGAGUUAUUUUGUAACCAUUUUGACUAUCAUAGCUAUGCAGAUGACACACAGUUAUAUCUAGCAGUGUCUCCAGAUGACUACAGUUCAAUUACGGUGUUAUGUCACUGUCUAAAACAGAUAAAUAUCUGGAUGAGCCAACAUUUUCUUCAAUUAAACCGCAACAAAACUGAUAAUUGUUUUUGGCAAUAAAGAAAUGAGAAUUGCUGUUAGGAAAUACCUGGAGUCACUCUCUUUAAAAAACAAAGACCAAGUCUGAAACCUUGUUGUUCUGAUGGAUUCCGACCUGACUUUCAACAGUCAUAUCAAAUCAAUUACUAAAACUGCCUUUUACCAUCUGAAGAUCAUAUCCAGAGUGAAGGCUUGCAUGUGUCAAGCAGACCAGGACUCAAGGAGACUUGACUAUUGUAACGGUCUUCUGACUGGACUCCCUAAAAAGAGCAUUAAACAGCUGCAGCUCAUUCAGAAAGCUGCAGCUCGGGUUCUGACCAGAACAAAGAGGUCAGAGCAUAUUACUCCAAUUCUAAAGUCUUUACACUGGCUUCCAGUCAGCUUUCGAAGAGAUUUUAAAUUACUGCUACUGGUCUAUAAAUCACUAAACGGUUUAAAUCCUGAACACAUGAAUGAAAUGCUAAUGGAAUAUAAACCCAUUUGGGCUCUGAUAUCGACAGACUCAGGUCAAAUAGUGGAGCACGGAGUCCAAAGGAAACAUGGUGAACAGACAUGGAAUAAUUUGCCAACAUAAUUGACAUCAGCCCCAAGUGUGCAUGUUUUUAAGUGCAGGUUAAAAAUUAUUCUUUUUUCCCAUGCUUUUUAAACCAUUUUGACUUUAAAAUGAUAUUUCUUGCACUAUAUGCUGUUUUAAUUGUAUUUUUAUUUUAUUUUUUUCCUUUGUUUUAAGUGUUUAUGAGUUGUUUUUUGUAAAUCAUGUAAAGCACAUUAAGUUACCUUGUGUAUGAAAUGCGCUAUAUAAAUAAAUUUGCUUUGCUUUGAAAUUUC